ACAGCACCGAUCUCUGCGCAAAGCCAGUGCGAGAAGGAUAGGUUGGCUAAUGUGAAAUCAGGUAAAACAAAAGUAGUUGGGCCCAAUAUUGGCAGUUGGUUAGUGUUGGAGGCAUGGAUGGCCGGCAAUGUCUGGGACAGUAACGGGUGCGACAGAAACACCAAACAAGGUAGUUAUUUGCUUGAACAGUGCCUGGGUAGUCGAGCACCUGCUGUUAUGGAGAAACAUUGGUCAUCGUUUAUCACUGAAAAUGACUUUGCUGAAAUGUCCAAACACGGUGUUAAUGUGGUUCGCUUCCCAGUUGGUUGGUGGCAGAUUUAUGACCCGCAAGGUGGCGCUAGCAAAGCCAAACUGAACUGGCACGUCACACCCACCAACUACAUAACCGGUGGUCUGGCAUAUAUUGAUAAGGCUUUCGAAUGGGGCGCUAAGCACGGAAUCGGUAUAUUAUUGGACAUGCACGCGGCACCUGGAUCUCAAAAUGCCUUUGAUAACUCGUCACCCGCUGAAUACCCUCCUCAGGCUUUCGAAUGGGGCGCUAAGCACGGAAUCGGUAUAUUAUUGGACAUGCACGCGGCACCUGGAUCUCAAAAUGCCUUUGAUAACUCGUCACCCGCUGAAUACCCUCCUCAGAAAAAUUGGGACAAAUACGAUGCAAACAGGGGUCAGACUGUAGACUCAAUGGAGCUGUAUGCUCAGCGUUACGGCAAUCACAGUGCCCUGUACGGGUUCUGUUUUCUCAAUGAGCCCAAUGGUAUGGACAUCGGAAAGUUGCAAGAUUACUAUAACCGAGCCUACGCUGCCGUACGUAAACACUCGGCCGACUCCGUGAUAGUCAUCAACCCGUUGAUCAAUGGAGAAUCGGGUGUCGAAAGUCAUUGGAUAAGCUUUGGACAGGGUAUGACCAAGUUGGCCAUGGACUUGCAUUACUACUCGUGCUUUGGUGGCGGUCCCGAUCAGACUAACCCCGAUGGCGCUAUUGGUUAUAUAAACAAUGACAGAAAGAACCAAAUUUCUACGUUCGCCAGUAGAAAUCCGGGAAAGAAGAUGUUGAUUGGUGAAUGGUCAUCGUGCAAUCAUUUUAAUAACCCGGGUCGCAAUGGCGAUUUUGCCAAGGCCGAGUUCAACGUGUACGACAAGGCUUCAUUGGGCUGGACAUUUUGGUCGUGGACCGCCGGAUCCGGUGAAUUGUGGUCAUUGAAAACCAAUUUCGAAAGGGGAUGGGUGCCGGCUAACCUUAUGUUCCCUUGCUAAAUACCUCUAUGUAUUUAAAUAGUAGGG